CGCCCUGCACUGAUUGGCUGGGAUGUGCUUUACCUGCCUUGAAUGCACCUGCUCGACUGUUUUCAGCGGCCGCUCACGGGCGUCUGCGAACUUCUUACGUAUGAUAUGUGGCGUUUACAAGUACACGGAUAAAACACGUAGUCGCUAUUUUAAAAAAUAAGUCAUGAAUCCUAUAAAAAGGCGCGAAGCAUCUCAGAGAAGAGACGCGGCCCUCUCGUUCCUCAGUAAUAUAUCCUUAGACGGACGUCCGCCGCAGAACGAGUGCAGCAGCAAAAGAGCGACGAAAGGUGCUUUGGAGGCGGGAGCCGCACGCGGACGCUCGUGCCCCACGAGUGACGGCGACGCGGGUUCGGCGGGCCCCGCGCUCAGCUCCGCGGUGCCCGGAGCGACACGACGGAGGCUCCACUCGUUCACGGCGGGCGUCCCGCCUGCCGCCUUCCCGCGGCGAGCGCCUCUCCGGGGCUCCUGCUGCUGCGAAAGCGGGCGGUUCGACUCCAGGCAACAGAAGCUGGAUGGUGGGAACCAGCAUCUUCCCUCCUGUGGUUUUAAUGAUCAAGAGAUGAGGGUUAGUUUGGAAGGUGUGGAGCUGGGCACAGCUGGAAUGACUGUUUCCUACAGCUGGCUUGUACACCCCAUGAAUGCCCUUAGAGGUCGGAGGAAUACCAUUGACUCCGCUUCAUCCUCUUCUCAGUUCCACAAAUACAGCCACCGCAGGUUCAGCCUAGCACACGUGAACAGUCCCUGGGGUAAUAUUGAUACAGGGGCUGAUGCAGGGGUUUUCUUGGAUUAUGAUCCUAACCUACUGGAUGACCCCCAGUGGCCCCGUGGAAACCACAAGCGAAUUUUCACCUUCCCCUCAUACAUUAGCGCAAUCAUUGGGUAUGUCAAACCUUCUGACCUUAAAAUGGACAUGAAUGAGACCUUCAAGGAGAAGUUUCCGCAUAUCCAACUGGCGCUCAGUAAGAUUAGGAGUCUGAAGAGUGAAAUACAAAAGCUGGCCCUUGAUGAUUGCGGAUUUGAAGAGUCAGUGGUGGCCAUGGCUUUUGUUUAUUUCAAGAAGCUGGCACUGCAGGGCAAGCUCAACAAGCAAAACGGCAAGCUCUGUGCUGCCGCCUGCAUGUUGCUGGCAGCAAAAAUUGGCAGCGACCUCAAGAAGAAUGAGGUCAAGAAUCUGAUCGAUAAACUGGAGGAGAAGUUCAAGCUGAACCGAAGGGAGCUGAUUGCUUUUGAGUUCCUCGUCCUGGUAGCCCUGGAUUUCAGCCUACACCUGCCUGGGCAUGAGGUCAUGCCCCACUACAGACGUCUCCUGCAGAUGACCUAGUACUGGCUGCCUGUCAGAAGAGCACGGUUCAGAAGUUUUCCAGCUAUUUUGCUUUUAUCACACAGUAAAUUCCCUAGUUCAUGAAAACCCUUCUGAAUGUUGACUCUACCCAGCCUUGAAAUCUUAUCCAUUCUGUCCCACCUGGGGUCUAUCCUACCCAUCCCUUUUUUCCUUUUAUUUUAUGUAAACUCAGGAUAUAGUCUCUUCUAAGUGCAAAUGAAAGUUGUGUUGUUGAGGCCCCAAUAGUUUAAGGGAUAAGCAUAAUGAAUCUUUUAUUAGAAUUUCCUUUUUGAGUUGUCCUUGAUACCUGAACUGGACUACUGGCCCAAGGACCAGGCUACACCUUUCAAUCAGGGCUUUUCUUAGGGGCAUAUUACGUUGUGCAUUUCUUGGAAUGGAGCAUAAGAUAUCCAGUGGUUCCUGUCUGACAAGUGCAUGACAGAGCAUGUGAAG